AUGGGCACGACACUCAGGGAUAAUACUCUCAGCUUACCUCAACGAUUUAUUGGUCAUCGGCAAGUCAGCGGCGGCAACGUUAAAGAACACGACCAAGGUACUACAAAAACUAACGAGUUUUGGUUUCUUAAUCAACCACAAGAAAUCACAACUAACUCCUGUUCAGUGUAUUCAGCACCUAGGAUUUCUGAUCAACACGGACACCACGACACUAACGGUACCAACAGCCAAUAUACGAGACAUACGACGAGCGGCCCAAUAGCUACUGCAUCAGUCAUCAGUCAAGUUGACGGCUUUGACAUCAUUCGUAGGGAAGGCUCUAGCAACAUCAUUAGCAGUGUUUCCAGCACGUUUGCACACCCGUCAAUUAAUACAACAGGCCAAUAUAUUGCGUCAUUCGAAACGCCCAUCCAUUACACUGAUACCUCCAGCCAAGCAGAAUUUACUAUGGUUGAUUCAACACCUGCAGCAAUGGAAUUGUCAUUCCUUCAUCCCGUAGAAAAGUCACCACGAACUGUACACCGAUGCGUCUAUGACCGGAUGGGGAAUAGUAGAUGGUACCAGCGUUAUGAACGUAAUUUAUUUCAUCGUCCACAACCCAAAUUACCAUGGGCAAGCAAUUCAAAUCUAUUGCGCCAAUUUAACCGUCGUGUCUUAUAUCAACCAUUUUGGCGGAACUCGAUCCCAACCGUUACUAGACUUAACACAGCGAUUAUAGCAGGAAUGCUUGAAGACCAACACCCGUAUCAAAGUGGACUACGUAGCAACGAUGUUCAACCCCGCGGACACGCCAUCACGCCAACAACUGGACCAAAAAUUGAAGUGGAGCUUGACACCCACCAUAUUUCACCAAUUAGACCAACUUUGGGGACGCCACACGAUCGACCUCUUUGCUACUUGGCACAACAACAAAUGCUUACAAUUCGUGACCUGGAAAUUUGA